AUGAAUGUGCGUGUGCGAGUAUUAGACAAAGGGCAUUCAGAACCCCAGAUCAAGGUUAUAACUACUGCACCUCAGGCACACUGGCUUACCAUGCGAUCUCUGCCACAAAUUAAGUCGGACAACCCUAUCUUAACGUAUCUCCUGUCGUGUACACAUCUUAACGUGUUAUAUGCUUUGAUGUGCGGUCGCUGGGAGCUUGGCCCCAUCGUCUGUGACCUGUACAUCGCAAUGGAUGUCGUCUGCUCCACCUCGUCCAUAUUCAACCUCGUAGCCAUCAGCAUAGACAGAUACACGGCCGUGACGAAGCCCAUCAAAUACGUCCACUCCAAGAACAACAACCGCAUCGUGGUCACCAUCGCCGUCAUCUGGACCGUGUCGGCCGCCAUCGGGAUCCCGCUCUUCUUCGUCAACAAGUACGACGGCUACACGAAAGGUGACGAGCCGAUCGACGACUGCACCUUCGUCAACGCCGACUUCAUCCUCUACUCGUCCUUAUCCUCCUUCUACAUCCCCUGCAUCGCCAUGAUCUACCUCUACUACAGAAUAUUCAAGGCGCUAAAAGAUCGGGCAAGGAAGAAGAAACCCAAAGUCAGCGAAAUUAAAGCAGGAAGUGUUAUAGAAAACGUAGCACAAACCAGAAUGUUAGCGGAAACAACACUAGGAACAGAGAUGGUUCUGCCUCCUGCCAAGUCUACGGACCUCAUUGAGGAGGACAAGAACACCAACAACACCAGUAAUAGUCAGGACGAGGAAGACGAAGAGGGUGACGAGGUGGCGGCGGCAUUACAAGGUGCGGGCGCUGAUAACUGCCAUAUCAUCAAGAACCCGAAGACACAAGACCUUGUGCUGACGCCACUCAAGGAGGAGAAAGAGUCGUCCGAGGGCAGCGCCGCCGUCCCCCCCGUCCAGUCCACCAGGAACGGCGCCGCCGAGGCCGUCAGGACAGCAGAGGGGGCCAGGGGGGGCCAGCCCGAACCCUCGCCUAGACAAGCCCUCCUCGGCAAGCAGAAAAAAGUCAAAAUCCAGUCGAAGAAAAACUGGCCGAGCACCGCGCGAGGGGCGGAGGGGGCGGAGACAGGAGAGCUCUUGGAGAAGAAGGAUAAGAAAUCUUCCGCUCGCUUCACCAUUUACAAGGUCAACAAAGCCAGUAAAAAGAAGAGGGAGAAGUCGUCAGCCAAGAAGGAGAGAAAAGCCACCAAGACAUUAGCAAUCGUUUUAGCGGCAUUCCUCCUAUGCUGGGUGCCGUUCUUCACCUGCAACAUCCUAGACGCCAUAAGCAAGAAGACCGAAAAUACCAAUCUACAACCAGGCAUGACGGCCUUUGUGCUCACCACCUGGAUUGGCUACAUGAACUCCUUUCUCAACCCUGUAAUCUACACCAUAUUCAACCCAGAAUUCAGAAAAGCCUUUAAGAAGAUUUUAGUGUGUCAGAGCUAGCUGUGUGGUGGGCGCGUCUUAGGGCUCUGCAGGGUGCCACGUGAGGGUUGUCGUUACAAUUACAUUAUAAUUUUGUAUUAAGCUUUGCUAUAUUGAUUAGGUUUAGUAAGCAGACUUUUUUACACUGAAGAAAGGACCAUAUUAUUGUGUUAAGGAAUGUAUAUGUCAAUGUCAACGCUUCGUUUAUGUAAGCAAAUUGUUCUUAGGCAGUGUACUGUUUAGUGUGUAUUAUUAAAUGAAGAGAAAUAAUUUCUGCUACAAAGGGAAUUCAUCAUUCAUGAACCAGACAUUAGAUAAAAAAAAAUAUAUCAGUAUUACAGCAUCUAAUUUCUUUCAUAUGAUGAAUUCAGUUAUCAAAUAUUUAAGUACAACUCCCCUGACUUUUGUGAUUUGUAUAUCAAAUGCAUACAGUUUCCCUGUGCUUUCACCGUCGAGAUAUUAUUUUCAAAGCAGUUUAUGAUAUCUUACCUUGAAGUUUCCUAAUAAGUAAAGUGAAGUGCACUCGUAAUGAAACAUAAGAACAACAGAAACCGGGUGUGUCCGUGGAAGGUAAGUGCUCCGCCUUGAUCAUUUACAAAUCAUUCCUGUUUCUUAUCUAACGUCUGCAAAGAAACCUUAAAUAACCUUCAAAGGACCUUUGUCCACUAUCUGCUAAACACAUUGCUAUAAAAAUCUUGUUGGUUUAAUUUGCAUAUCACACAAGAGAAUCAGCGGGAAGAGCGCCAAUAUCAAAGUGAUUAACACGCAAAUAAAAAUUUUGUUCGAAAGGAUCCCACGUAACCAUACAGAGGAUGUGAGCGCCUUUGUGUGCGCAGAUACUUUAAUCAUCUAGAAUAUGUGCAGAGUACAAACAGUCUCUAUCUCUCUUGCACACACAUUGAAAGACAUAAGUAAACACACAUUCAAGCAUG